UGUGUCUGGUGUGUGUCCGGAUGGUGAGUCCUGCAGCCAGUCAGAGGGUCGUCGGGGUCGUCCUCUACAUCUCUGAGGCCUUCAGCUCGCCCUCUCAGGGUUUCCUCAACUGUCUUCUGUACGGCUGGACUCGAGCUCGUCUGCGCCGCGGGGGGACGAGCGUCUUCUGUCGGGACGUGGACACCCAGACGCCUCUGCUGAGAUCUCAGAAGAGGAGAAGCUACCAGACCCUGAGAGACGUCUGAGGCAGGAAGUGAGAGUGGAGAGGAUCGUUUCUCUGAGAGGGAAAGCCCGCGGCUCGCAGCGACACCACGCUCCCUCUCAUCCUGAAACACUGAGGCGAGGCAAAGAGGAAGAGGGAGACGCUGGGGGGGAAACACCAACGCAGAAAACAGGAUGUGAAAAAGACCUCACAGGUGCUUCAAACUGUCACCGGACCGCUGUUUCAGACCCUCUGACACACAAGGCCACUUUAUUAAUAGAGCACCUUUCAACACGAGGCAUUCAAAGGGCUUUAGAAAAGAAAA